GUGCAUCAGGCACUGAGUAGCUUCUUCCCUGGACAAACGUCAGUGAACCAGUGGGCUCACCAAGAGACACCAAUGAAUGACUGCAUCCUGCCCCAUUCAGGAGCGUGGUCAUGUCUCCCUUCAAUAUGCCUCAUACUGCAGGAGGAACCUCCUAUCCAGCCAGCAGCAGUGCAUCUCUGAGCUUCUGCUGAUGCAGUCAUUCUCCCAGCUAACUCACUAUAGCUGAUGAAGAGCUUGCUGCUCUGGUAAUUGAUAAUGGCUCUGGUAUGUGCAAAGCUGGCUUUGAUGGGGAUGAUGCUCCCUGGGCUGUCUUCCCCUUCAUUGUGGGGCACCCCAGGCACCACGGGGUCAUGGUGGGGAUGGGCCAGAAGGGCAGCUACGUGGGAGAUGAAGCCCAGAACAAGAGGGACAUCCUGACCUUGAAGUACCCCACUGAGCAUGGCAUCGUCACCAAGUGGGAUGACAUGGAGAAGAUCUGGCACCACACCUUCUACAAUGAACUCCUGGUGGCCCCCAAAGAGCACUCUGUCCUACUCAUGGAAGCCCCCUUGAACCCUAAAGAUAAUAGGGAGAAGAUGACUCAGAUCACAUGUGAUACCUCCAGUGCCCCAGCUAUGUAUAUAGCCACCUGGGCUGUGCUGUCCCUGUAUACGUCUGGCCAUCCCGCCAGCAUUGUCAUGGACUCUGGGGAUGGUGUCCCCCACACUGUGCCCAUCUAUGAAGGCUACGCCUUGCCCCAUGCCAUCCUGCACCUGGACUUGGCCGGCCAUGAUCUGAUCAACUUCCUCAUGAAGAUCCUUACCAAGAGAGGGUACACCACGGCUGAGAGGGAAAUUGUGCGAGAUGUCAAGGAAAAACUGUACUCUGUCACCCUAGACUUUGAGGUGGAGAUGGCCAUGGCCGCUUCAUCUUCCUCCUUGGAGAAGAGCUAUGAGCUACCUGAUGGCCAGGUGAUCGCUAUUGGGAAUGAGAGGUUCAGCCAUUGUCCACUGUAAAUGCUUCUAAAUAAACUACCUGCAAGUGUAUCCACACAACUGGAAUAGUUCUGGUUCAAAUAAAAACCCUUGCCCUUGCCAAGUUUCUGAGACUGAUACUGAAGCUAUCUGAACGAGACUACUUUGUUCAUGUUAAAUCUCCAAGGUUGGUCUAAGCUUCAGGAGAAUCACACCAUGUAAAGCUGUCUGCUUGCAUCAUUGCUAACUGGGACCGUCCACUAUGUGAUCUAAAAUUGAAAUGAGACUUUUUUUGGUGUGUGUGGGGGGAGCUGGUUGUAGGAAUGCUAGGACCCUGUGAGAUUUCUGUUUGCUCUAAAUAUUCUCCUCCUCCUUCCAAUUAUGAAAUUCUCUAGGGCUUGAGCCCCAGUUUUGGGAGUGGGAGAAGUAAUCACGGCAGAAUGCAAUGACUGAACCACUAAGCAUUGCAAAAGUGCUGUCUCUCUCUUUCUCCCUCCUCCUUCCUCUGCGAGGUUAGCGCUCCAAGGAAAACAGGAGGAGACGCUUGCUAUUCUGGAGCACCUAAGCAUUACAAAUAAGUUCUUUAUGGCUUGCAAAAGCAUGGUGCUAAGCACCAUGCAAUGUGGGCUGCAUCUCUCACAAUAGGAAUGCUUAGAAGCUUCUGCAGAGCUCAAAUGGAAAAUCAGGUUGCUUUGGAGUUUUGCAAAACCGAAGGCCUUAUGCAGUGUCCUGAGUGCAUUAAGAAUACAGCUGACCCCUCUAACCGGGUUUGCCCAUUCAUAGAUCUAAUUCUAAAGUCUAAGAGGUAUCUCUUUAAUGUAUUAGUAGCAAUAAGAGCAUAAACACAUAGCUCAUGCACAGCUGAGCCUUCCCUUUCCGCCACCAUAUCCCCUUGCAGAGGACAGCUUUAUGCUGAUUAACUUCCAUUGCCUCCAGCACAGGCGCUGGUCAUGGUCACAGAACAUGCACUGCAGCUGUAGGACCCAGAUGCAUCCCUUUGCUAUGGCAUCUGAAUGCUACUUCCUCCUGACUAGUCCUAUCUGGGGCUGUGGUUGGGUUCUUGUGGGACUGGUGAAGUAGCUGCAUUGUCCUUUAGACUAGGAGACUAACUUCCUCUUAAUUGUUAGGCUUCUCCUGUAUAACCAUCUGAUUAAAGUUUUUUUAGCUGUCCUCAGUCUCGCAGCUCCCCCGUUUGCCCUCCAUCCACCCUGGGCCCUAUAGAGAGAGACAGACAGACACACACACAUCCCCUUGCAACUUGCAUACGGCAGGAACCGAAUCCAUUUUUGUUGGCACUGAAUGCAGUAGAAACUCUUCUGAAAAACUUCCCACAACUAACUGUCAGGCAAGCUUUUAAAUAACUUGGAGCAUUGUUAUCAUGAAGUUGUUAAGCUAAUUAAGAACCAUUACUAAAUAGUUAAGGGUAAACAGAUGGGUACAUACAGUAACUCUUCAAAUAAGGACACGAUAAACUUGUAAUUUUUUCCUUGAAUAAAGAACAUACACUCCACUAGAGAAAGUAGUGCAAGAAUUUAUCAGCAUUACUGCAAAUAAUUUAGAAAGAGCUAAACUGCAUGAUGGAAAGGGAUCCCUUGUGUUCUAUUUAGGACUCUCUUAACAGGAUGUGAUUUCAAGUGGAGGAUUUUAGUGUAUGAGGCUCCAGUUCCAAACUCAACUUGGGCUGAGAGCCUCUUUGAAAGACAGGAACCUGAAACUGGGCUCCUAACUAAGUGGCCUGGUCUCUGAGUCUGCUGAGCAGCCAGCAGCUCCCACUGACUGCCAUGGGAGCUGCUGGGUGCUCAGGACCCUUAAUAAGUUCGCUCACUUAGUUCCUUCUGGCCUUUGAGUCCAUGAGAAAUAACUCUCCUGCAGCCAAUGGAUUUACACCAGUAUGAAAGAAUCACUGCCGGCGUGUGUGUAUAUAUGCACAUUGAGGGAAAAAAUGAGAUGUUUCCCAAACAAAUACAACUGAACUGGCUGCUCAAGGCUUUGCCUUUGCCUUCACUGCUAAAAAAGGUGUGCGAUUCCAGUGGAAUAAUGCAGGUGUGAUAGCUAUUGCUCUGUAAACGCUUAGUGGAGAGAAGGCUCUGUAGUUUUACCAUGAGGUUAAGUAGAUGAGGUCAACCAUGGGUAGGGCCAUAGUGCCGACCUCACGUAAAACGACAGGUGCUUUGCUUCCGCAGGAUUUUACAGUGAGAGAACUAUCCUGUGUUUAUCUCACUGUAACAAAAAAUCCUCCACCACUAGUCUUCCUGCCCCAACAAGCUUCACUCAGGGUGAGAGGUGUCCUGUGUCUGUGAGGUAAGCUGGGAGGAAUCUUAUUGUUUUGUGAAACGAGUCAGCGUGAUGUGCAAAAGGGGUAGGGCUGAAGCUGCAUUAUUCAUAGAGGAUCUUAAAUAUUUCAGUGAAAACAAUCCAACGCUGAUUUUGAUUUUGUCCUCUCUUCCCCUACCAUGACUACUUGGGUUUGGGGAGGGCAAGAUGGGAAUAUGCUCUCGCUCCAUACACCGGCUCUUGCAAAUGUUUUGCAAAACUCCCAAAGUAAAAUCAAGUUAAUGGUUUUGCUGACCAAGCAGACCCCACUGUCUGUAUGUAAUAAUCUCUGAGAGAAACACAGUUAAGCUGUCGCCUCCUUGUUCAAGGCAGUCUUUAAUUCUCUCUUUAGUGUUCUGGGAGAAUGGCUGGUGAAUGAUUCAGUGCCUCACUUUGUUUUGAGAUUCAGCAGCCGGGCUCUAAUUUAAAAACACAAGCAAGAGGAAGACACAGGUAGAAGAUGCAUAGAGCAGAAAUGACUGGUUGUGCUCUCCAUGCUCCAAGAGUUGCUACCCUGUUAGUGCUCGCUUCCGUAUCUUUCUCUUUUUCCUUUGGGCAAUUUACCCAAUCUGCAGAAACAAAUCAGAUGAAAUUGCCCGUUCCCACACGGCAGCAUAAUAUUGCACUAUAAUCACGUCUUGCAAUAUCUGAAGGAAUCCAGUCAGAACACCAAAAGAAACUGACAGGUCAGCUAGUUAGAAAACCCUGCCUGCUGAGCUGCAUGAAGCAUAAGUCCUACCCUGCAGUGGCACAAUUA